UCGCGGAAAUUCGUUUACAUCUAAGCAGACCUACACCUAUUUAACAGUUCGACAGUUUGCUUAUCGGGUGCGAAAGGCUUGUCGAUAAGGUAGCGUGCGCGCGCGCAGCCGUCAGUGCCGCGAGCGACGCCGGCGCACCCGCCCAUCACGAUUGAGUACCGACAACGCAACGGCGAAACGCUGAAAACCGAAAUUCGUAACGUGUUUAGAAACUCAAAACAAUAUUAUACAAGUGAUAUGUGCCUGAACUACCGCUGUCGACUAUUGUUUUCUAAACCAACGUGUUGUGACAAAGAUUGCUUUUACGUUAAUUUGUGCGGCUAAACCAAACUCUGCGUCGGUUUAUAUACUUUUGAAGAGCAACAAGAUGGCGAUGAAAGAGUGGCUACAAUGGCUGCCGCCGCCGAGGUCCCUGUUGGCGCUGCUGCUGGCUAUAGCUGGCUUCAGCGGCCGGUUGUUCGCUUCGCACUUCACGCACUCACCGACCCUCCUCGUGGACACGUGCCACUCACUAUGUCGGCUAGUCGGCCUCGUCACCACGUUGAUCUCAUACAAGUAUGAGCGCGCAGAUGAGGGUGCUGGCCGGGAGGGUCGGUUAAGGAACACGUUCGGAUGGGCGCGCAUUGAGGUGGUGGGCCGCCUCUCCGUGCACGUCCUCUUCGCAUCCUUCGCCUUAGCACUCGUGGUGAACGCGCUCCAGCUGGGCGUGCACUCCUCACACGGUCAGCCGCCGAGAUACCCCAAAGUCAUCGUCGGCAGCGCAGUCAUAGGAUUGCUUCUACACGCCAUCAAUUACAUGUUAUUAGCAGGACGCGAGUUGAGCUACAGCCGGCGACUGAGCGUCACUGAAGGAGGAGGAGUUGUGCUGAAGACUGGAUCUGGAGAGCCUGUACUUGCUCAUGCUCCCACUGAUAUCGCCAGCAGUCUCUUCGUGAUGGGUGCUGGCCUGACCAACGAAUGGGAGCCAGUCGCUGCUCGCAUCGCUGACCCUGCGCUCUCCGCUUGCGCAGCUAUCGUUCUCGUCAUCUUCAACUAUCCAUUCAUGCGGUCAGCGGGUUUGGUGCUGCUGCAGACUGUGCCGGAAGGUCUGGGCACUUGCGACCUGCGGGCCGCAGCGCUUCGGGUCCCUGGGGUCCUGGCCAUACAUGAACUGCACGUCUGGCAAAUGCACCGUGACAAGGUCGUCGCCACUGCUCAUGUGGCCUACAGCUCACACGAGGAUUACUUGAAGAGUUCCGCGUUAGUUUGUGAUAUAUUCAAGCGUCACGGCAUCGGUCUAGUCACGCUACAGCCAGAGUUCACACUCACCUCUAUGCUAGGUACAGAUGAAGAGAAAAAGGCGUUAAUAGACUUUGCGAAUCAAGGGUGUUCGUGUCCGUGUGCCAAGGAGUGCACUGCUCCCAGGUGUUGUGAGCCACCUCGCCUGCCCACCGUCACUCGCAUUUAGUUACACAAUAACAUACUACACUACCCGGCUAUACAUAUUGCACAUCGACCUUUGGAAAGACACAAUCGGCCAAGGUGCCAUGUUUACGAUUGCCACUGACACCACUCUCCUCCGAAUAAAAAGAUUUACGAUCCUUUCGAAGGAGAGUGGUAUCACACAAAAUUGUCUGUUUCCAAAAACCAAUGUGCAAUAUUUAUCGCCUGGUACUGUACAUUAUACGUGCAUAGCAAGGCAGAAUGGGGUAUUCUGUACGUUCUUAUACAUAAUACUAUGUGAUUUUUAAUGAAUUUGUAACUGGCAGAAUUUGCCUUCCACAGUAAGAAUAUAAACCAAAGUAAAGAUGCCUCUCACAAAGUGACCAUUUCAGGAGAUGUAACAAUAAUAUCGGAACGGAUAAAUACUUAGAUAGUGCAACACAAAUCGAUAGUUCUAAACAGAAGUUUUCUAACAUAUUUAAUCUUGCCGUAUUUUAAUGAAAUUGCGUUGUAAAUAGUAGGCGAUAAAAGUAAGUUUAAUUUAAAUUAAGUAGAUAAUAUUCAUAAAAUUAGUCAAGUUGGGCGAAACCAAUCAGUUUCGUAUAUUAACUGUAACGCUUACAGGUCCGUAAUAAUAUACAAAACUGAUUUGUUGGUACUUUAAGUCCGUGGGCGUAAAAUUAUUUUUCUACGGUAAUUACCAAACAGUAAAUGAAUACAUGUUUUGGUAGAAUAAAUACCUAAUCACCUACCUUUGUGCCUAACAUAUAAUUAAUAGAGAUAUAUUUUUUUAAUUACUUGAAACAGAGUUCAAUUAAUGUUCAAAUUGAUUAACCCGUGGUAUGCCGGAACGUAGAUCUACGCGAGACACAAUAUGUUUCAUAUACCGACAUACACGAAGUUAAGAGGAACGGAUGUAUAUUUAUAUACGAAGGUACCCAAGUCCCUAUCCACAUAAGUUUACUUAGAAAAAAAUUAAACAUUAUACAUAAAAUAAGCAUAACGAAACAAGCUGUAAGUAGGUAGAUAUCUAUAAUUUAAGAAUACAACCAAAGAAGCUUGUCUUGUGUCGCGGUAAGCGGCGAAAUUUCUAAUCGUGGUAAAUAACAGAGUCAGCCUACAACAGUGAAAGUGUAAUGAAUAAAAACAUGGCUAGCGAGCCACAUUGUCAGUCAAGUGCACUCGCGCGCCCGUUCCCGCCAACUACACCGACUACCGACAUCAUCAUAAUACACUCUAAUGACGAGUUAUUGUUGUCAAAAAAAGGUAUUGUUAUGGAGCCAUUACGAUGACGAAAAAAUCUUUUGUUAGCGGUGAAAUUGUACUGCAACCGACUAUUAUAUUAAGGAGAAACCUGUAUCCAAACACAUCAGUUCGCAUGUAACUUACAAACAAUUUAAUCUUGUACGUAUAAUAGUUUACGUCAACCCAUAUCCCUAUCUUCAUAAUAUAUUUAGGCUACUAUAAAGUAAUUAAGAAACGACAUGAUGCAGUCUAUUUUGUUCCCUAAAUGUCGUGCAAUCGAAAACAACGACUUAUACACAAGUUCUUAUGAGACGGUUAUAAAGAUGGCGUACAAAGCGACUGUGAUGUUCCUUUACAGUAUUAUAUUAAGGGAAAUUAGUUAGGCGAUUCGUAGAUAGUAAUAUUGUAUUUUUAUUGUCCAUAAAUAAGAAUGUUAACAAAUAAUAAUAGUUUGUAAGUGUUUUGUGUACAAAGUUUUUGUUGACUAUUGAUUUGAAAACAAAUUGAAAAUUAAAUUGA